AUCAUGCAUACUUUGCUAAAAGAAUUAGCGGCACCUACACCUCAUAUUGAUUGAUUUUAAAUGUGAUUGAUAUACUAUUCUUUUCACUUAUCAAUAACCACUAGUUUGUAACCAAAAACACUUUUAUAAUUAAUUAAGUUAUGUUUGUUUUUAAUUAAAAGAAGAAGAAAAUAAAGGAGCAAGACAGGGAGAAGAAAACAAGAGAUGGGUGGUUCUAAGUAGGUAGGUGGAACCAAAAUAAAACGUGAGAGAAUGAGCCCCAACCGUUUCUUGAACCACAUGCCUCAAUUCUCUCUUUGGUAGGUGCGUUUACGACUUGACCAGUCAUGUGUUUAAAUUAGUCUUGAUUUAUUUGUUUCAGUUAAAAGAUUUUAACAUUUUAACAACAACAACAAAAAUUGAAAUAAGAUUUCGUUCGAAAUUCGGAAAUAUACACUGAAAGUAGAACUAUAAUUUAUAACCAAGAUUUUACCACACUAAAUAUAUCAGCGAUGAAAAAAUUGAAGAUGCCUUGCAAAUAGUUUUAGCUUUGAACCGGUCUCAGCACCAUACUAAUCAAAGACCCGGAAGCAUCCUCCAAGAGAUUCGGUUGAUCUUUUUUUAUUUCUUUAGCUGUCAUUUACUCAAUUGUAAUCAUUAAGGAAAAAGAAAAAAAAUCUUUAAUCAUCAUCCCCACUCAUUUAGUCACUUUCAGUCUUUCACAAACAAUAUUCAGUUACCUAAACCAACGACAUUCGUAUUUUACAUUACUAGGUAUAUAUUGACGAGUUCUACUUACACUAUACCUGCAACCAAUGUCAUGGGGAUGUAGCUCAGAUGGUAGAGCGCUCGCUUAGCAUGCGAGAGGUACGGGGAUCGAUACCCCGCAUCUCCACUUUUUUUUUUUUAUAAUCAGUUUUUGUUUGAAAAGUCGAAAGAUAAAAGUGUGGUAGGCCGAGCUCCACGCCUCCACCAUCUUCCGACAACAACAACAAAGCUCAUGUAAGCCUUGAACACCGUAUUCUGAUCACUUAAGUAUUGUACUUUGAGCGAAGAAUCUUCUUGUCUUUUGUCUCUUUUAAAAGUUUUUGUCUCUUCGUCCUGUUUCUGAACAAACACAAACAAAAAAAAAAGGAAGAAGAAGAUGGAAGCAAAGUACGAUCGUGCUACCGAGGUAAAAGCUUUCGACGAAUUGAAACUCGGAGUGAAAGGUCUCGUCGACGCCGGAAUCUCAGGGAUCCCCCGUAUCUUCCACCACCCUCAUCUCACUUCAACGGCUCCAAACCCACCGCUUCCCUCCUCAACGAUGAAGAUCCCAACGAUCGAUCUCGGAGGUGGCGUGUUCGACUCCACGGUCACGCGAGAUCGCGUGAUCUUGAAGAUCAAGGAAGCGGUGGAGAGAUACGGGUUCUUCCAGGCGAUAAACCAUGGGAUUCCGGUUGAAGUUAUGGACAAGAUGAAAGAUAGGGUUUGUGGGUUUCAUGAACAAGACUCAGACGUGAGGAAGAAGCUCUAUACCCGGGAUAACACCAAGAAGGUUACGUAUAAUAGUAACUUCGAUCUCUAUAGCUCUCCAUCUGCCAACUGGAGAGAUACUUUAAGUUGUUUCAUGUCCCCUGAUGUUCCAAGGAGAGAGGACUUGCCAGAGAUUUGUGGGGAGAUCAUGUUGGAGUAUUCAAAGCGAGUGAUGGAGUUAGGGGAGCUAAUCUUUGAGCUUUUAUCAGAAGCUUUAGGGCUGGAUCCUAACCAUUUGAAAGAAAUGGAUUGCACAAAGGGUUUGUUAAUGCUCUCUCAUUACUACCCGCCUUGUCCUGAGCCUGACCUAACCUUCGGUACAAGUCAGCAUUCAGAUAGAUCUUUUCUCACUAUUCUUCUUCAAGACCACAUCGGUGGGCUUCAAGUUCUUCAGGAUGGAUGUUGGGUGGAUGUUCCUCCUGUUCCUGGAGCUCUUCUCAUCAACCUUGGAGAUUUCUUACAGCUUAUAACGAAUAACAAGUUUUUGAGCGUGGAGCAUAGGGUUUUGGCUAACAGAGGUGACGAGCCUCGUGUUUCGGUAGCAUCUUUCUUUGUGCAUCCUUUGCCUAGUUUUCGAGUAUAUGGACCGAUGAAAGAGCUUUUGUCUGAACAAAAUCCUCCCAAGUAUAGAGACACUACUGUCACUGAGUACACGAGGCAUUACAUGGCCAGAGGGCUUGAUGGGAACUCUGUGUUGCAUCAAUUCAAGAUCUGAUCAAAGCCUUCUAGGCUAUUUCAAUUACGUAUCCAAAGUCUUCUAGGCUUUUAUUCAGAUCAGUAUGUACCAUGCUGAAACAAAUACACCUGCCUCGGACAGGACUUCCAAAUUGGAACGAGGAGCUUGGACAGGUAGCUAUGAUGAUUCCAUCUCGCAUAUUCCCAUGCAAGAUUUUGUUGCUUGUAUGAUAUACAUAUCCGUUUUGUUGGUAGUAUUUUGAUUGUUUCUAGACAUUUGUCAAACGUAAGAUUGUAUAUAUAAUGUUUUAAAGACGAGAUUAUUAGUGAAUAUAUAAUGUUUUAUCA